AUGUCUUUCUUUCCCAGCAACUUAACAAAUGAUUCUAACCUGCAGAAAGUAAGUGAUAAUUCUACAGACUUUAUGAAUUCGCCAGCAACUCUGACUCUUUCUCUCUUUUGCCUGAUCUGUAUAAUGACUUUCGCAGCUCUGGUGGGCAGCAUUUUCUCACUGGUUUCUCUGCUGACCAUGCAAUACAGAACUGUUUUGUCCAUGCUUGUGACAUCUUGGUCUGUGGAUGAUCUCUUGAGCGUCUUGUCAGUGGCCAUCUUCAUGGUUUUGCAGUGGCCAAAAGGGGCACCGGGCUAUUUCCAGUCUCUGUGCACCACCUCUGCCUUACUGUAUAUGUGUCAGGGCCUCUCCAGCAACUUGAAGGCGACUCUUAUAGUCUUUUACAACUUUUACACGAUGCGCAGGACGGUGGUGAGUCAGUCAAGCUCCUGGCUAUCAGGACAGGUACUUGGUGUGGCUUUAACCGUGUGGGCAGUCAGCCUGCUGCUGGCUUCGCUCCCGCUGUGCGGCUGGGGUGUCUUUGUGCGCACUCCUUGGGGCUGCCUGACAGACUGCUCCAGCUCCUAUGUGUUGCUUCUCUUCGCGGUGUACUCUUCGGCUUUCGGACUCCUGGCGGUUCUUUCUGUCCCUCUCACUCAUCAGCUUCUGUGCUCAGAGGAGCCGCCGAGACUCCAUGCCAACUACCAGGAGAUUUCUCGUGGCGCCUCUACUCCUGGGACCCCUGCUGCUGGGGGAAGAGUGCUCUGUCAAUCGCCAGAGGAUUUUGAGAUCUCUGCUCUGCGAUGCACUGGGGGAUGCUCCCCUAGCUCCAACACCGUGUUUAGCUCCAGUCAGCCUGCUGGAGCCGGCAAGCGAGAGAAUCCCGGUACUCCCCAUGGCACCAACAGCUUCCCAGUGAGCCUGGCACAGAAGCGCUUUUCUUUGAUCCUAGCGCUGACGAAAGUCAUCCUUUGGCUGCCCAUGAUGAUCCACAUGGUGGUAAAACACGUGGUGGGGUUUCAGAGCCUUCCGGUCGAUAUGCUCAGCUUUCUACUAACCCUGCUGGCCAGCAUUGUAACACCAGUGUUUGUCUUGUCCAAACGUUGGGCCCACUUGCCUUGUGGUUGCAUCAUCAACUGCCAGCCAGACACCUACUCCAUUGCCUACAAUGGGAAAAACUCAAAGAGGAAAGGCUUUGAAUUCAAUCUAUCGUUCCAACAAAGUUAUGGACUUUAUAAAAUAGCAAAUGCGAAUUUCUGUGAUGAUGAUGAUGAAAAUUCCAUAUCCUAUCACAACCCAAAGAAAUAUGAGUGUGAAGAUACAAAGGAGCCUCGGGGAGACAACCGCGGUGUCUUCAAUACCAUCACAGUACAAAUCAGCAGCACGCCACCGCUGGACAGCGCCACACUGCCGGGUGUCAACAAGUGCACAAAUACUGACAUCCUAGAGCCCCAAGAGGCCAUGGCGGAGCAAAGGAGUGCUUUUUCUGUUAAAACAGAAAGCGAUAUUAACUAUGGAGAAACCACCUUUUUUGAAGGUCCAGAGAGACGAUUAUCCCAUGAGGAGAAUCAGAAACCAGAUCUUUCAGACUGGGAGUGGUGCAGGAGUAAGUCUGAACGAACGCCUCGCCAGCGUUCCGGUGGUGGGCUGGCUAUUCCCAUAUGCGCGUUCCAGGGGACUGUGUCUCUCCAAGCACCUACCGGAAAAACCCUCUCUCUUUCUACUUAUGAGGUCAGUGCAGAAGGGCAAAAGAUAACCCCGGCCUCUAAGAAAAUAGAAGUCUAUCGAUCUAAAAGUGUUGGCCAUGAACCGAACUCAGAGGAAUCUCCCUCCACGUUUGCGGACACCAGCGUAAAAAUACACUUGGAAGUUCUUGAAAUUUGUGACAACGAUGAGGCUUUAGACACUGUGUCAAUCAUCAGCAACAUCAGCCAGUCCUCCACAAAAGUCCGAUCUCCUUCUCUGCGCUACUCACGGAAGGAAAACAGAUUCGUCUCAUGUGACUUAGGAGAAACUGCUUCGUACUCCCUCUUCUUACCCACAAGUGAUCCUGAUGGUGAUAUCAACAUCUCUAUCCCAGACACGGUGGAGGCGCACAGACAGAACAGCAGGCGACAGCAUCAAGAGAGGGAUGGCUACCAGGAAGAGAUCCAGUUGUUAAACAAAGCCUACAGAAAAAGGGAGGCAGAAAGCAAGGGUAAUUAGUGCUGAGUCUAACAGAGGCCAGAAGGGCUCUGCAGCCUUAGACUGCAAAACUUACCAUAGUCCCGAGACUAAUUUCCCACUUCCUUCUAAUCAUAUGCUCACAUAAGCUUUCCUGGUUUCCUAGCUAUUAUUUAUUGGAUGACCUGCUAUAGUGCAUACGUAAAGUGCAUUUCACAUGCUACUGAAAGAUCAUACACUGUGGUAAUUGAACAAUUUUGUGUCUGAUUUCUAAAAUAUUUCUAAACCAAAUCUUGACCUAGUUUGAUAAUAUUUUGCCUGUUUGUCUAAUGAAUACACUCUCCUCAUGCAUGAGUUUUUGUACACAUGCUGCUUUUUACUACAAAAGAGAAAAGCGAUGUUCUGGCAAUAGAAAAAAAAAAAAAUACACCAAAACGUUGAGUCGUAUUUGAAUACAAGAUUUGUAUCUAGCCAAAGGAGCGUAAUCUAGUUUCUGUUUUGGCCUUUUGGUGGUCAAGGAAGUAUAUUCUUUUGUAAAAAGGCAAAUUAGCUUCUAAGUAAAACUUUGGAAAUAUGUAUAUUCCUAGUUUCUGAUUAUUUCAUUUGUUGUUAUAAAAUACAAGUAGUUUAGUAAGUGGUUCUGCUUGUCUUUCUUUGAAUGAAUAUUUGGAGAAAUCCUGUCACAUUAAGUUCUGAGAGGCACACUACACUAGGGCAACAAGUUUCUGGCUAAAGCAGAGGAAAACCCCCAAGUCCAACUAAAGUCCCUGUACUGAGGACUGGGAAGACUCGCUUUGCUGUUCUUGAUGCAUAGAAAAUUUUACUUCAAAUAUUAUUCUAGAUUAAAUACUUUAAGUUUUUUCUUAAAAAAUAUAUUAUAUCAAACAAUGGAACAACUCGAUAUGUAUAUCACUAAAUGAUGGCAAGGAAUUUGAUUUCUCUAAAUACUCUAUCAGCAUACUACUAAUGUAUAUUUCAAAAAUUCUGAUCCUUUGAAAUCACUUUAUUCUAAUAUUUCCAUAAACACAUUAAAUAUGUUGCCUAUGUAUUUAUUUACAAAAGUCAUUGUUUUUGUGUUCUUAGAUUGUGUAUACCUGCAGUUCAGGUACAUAUGACGUUUACAGAUUAAAUGAAUCAUAUUU